UGUCACUUCCUAUAGUUUGAAUGGGCCUGGCAGCAUCCUCAAGCCUCACGCCGCCUGACUCACGUGGGGCCGCGCCUGCGCAGCGAGGCUUCCUUUGCCUUCCACCUGCGCGUGUUGGCGCACAUGCUCCGAGCUCCACCAUGGGUGCGCCUCCCUCUAACACUGCGCUGGCUGAGACCUGACUUUCACCAUGAACUUUCUCCAGCGCCACCAUUACACAUGCCCAUAGCCUUUGGACCGCCACCCCAGCCCUUGGAACCGAAGCAACUCGCUGCAAGUGAGACUGACAGCAAGCCCCAGUUGGAUCUAGGACCCAAGGCCAGCUGCGUGUUGUGCGCGCGCAUGCUGCAGGAUGAAGAGGGCCCCUUGUGCUGCCCCCACCCUGGUUGUCCCCUAAAAGCCCAUAUCAUCUGUCUGGCAGAAGAGUUCCUGCGGGAAGAGCCUGGGCAGCUUCUGCCUCUAGAAGGCCAUUGUCCUAGCUGUAAGAAGUCUCUGCUUUGGGGAAGUCUGAUUGGGCAGUGCCAUGUGGACGCCGAGGAGGAAGAGGACUUGGGAUUGGAAGAGGAACACUGGACAGACUUGCUGGAGACCUGAUCCUAGGCAUCCCCAUGAACACUGUUCCUUUUCUGCCCCUCUCUUCAGUGCCUGGCAGCUUUUACUUGAGCACAAUAAUUAAUAGUAAUAAUAAUAAUAAUAAUAAUAAUGAUAAUAAUAAAAAAUACUAAUUAUAAAAGCUGA